UGCGAUUUAUUUGCAACUUUACAAACCACUACAACAAGCCCUUUUUCAGACAAAGAGAGAAAGUAAAGCUGUUUUAUACAAGAAGCUUUACGACACAGCCAUCGACCCCCCAAGUCCCAACGCACCUCUACCAAAUCCUGCAUCGCCACCGCUGAAAUGGGUGCCGUCGUAUCUUGCAUUAAGUCCGUCCUACGCACAAUCGGCAAUUGCCUGAUGGCCAUUGUCAACGGAAUCGGCGCCAUCCUAACCGCUAUCAUCAACGGCAUCGUCACCCUCUUUGACAUUAUCAUCUCCUGCCUUACCUGCGGACGCGGCGGCUCUAGGCGCAGGGGAUUGAAGACGAGGACGCAUCAUCAUACAAGUAGAGUCUAGUAGACCUUGGAACAUCUACUGGAGCUUGAUGAGGCGAGGCGAGGGGGCGAGGUAACGUGGAGAGAAGACUUUUCGACUUCGACUUUUGACCUAUGUAUUAUGAUGAAUGCGUACGUGGAAUUGCGUGGUUAUCGGACAGACAGACCCUAAGGAUGUGAAGGGAUAGGCAUCAGGGAAUUGGGGAUGGAUGCAUUCUUGAUGACGCCGACGGAACUUGUAUAGAUACCCCACUUCACAAGGCUUUUUGAGAAUGGAAUGUUUUAACUGCACUCAU